AAAUUUAUUCUCCCUGUGAUCCUCAAAUAUUGGGAAAAACACCAAGCUGCACUUGUGGAAGAAGUCAAGACCAUCAAAGAUACAGUUUGGUGUGGGGAUGGAAGAUUUGAUUCGAUGGGCCACAGUGCCAAGUAUGGUGCAUACACUAUGUUUUGUACCACUACACUUAAGGUUGUGCACUUUGAAAUUCUUCAGGCAAAUGAAACAGGAGGCAGCUCACCCAUGGAGCUGGAGGGUGCGAAGAGAGCUUUCGACUAUCUGACAAGAGUUGGAAUCAACAUCCGAGUCUUCAUUACUGACCGCCAUCGAGGCAUUGCAAAAUGGGUCCGUGAACACAAGCCAAACACCUCACAUUUCUAUGAUAUUUGGCAUGUUGCCCGAUCUAUUCAAAAGGUCCUGCUCAAGCUAAGCAAAGAAAAAGGAUGCGAGAAGAUUGCAAAGUGGAUGAAAGCAAUCCGCAACCAUCUGUAUUGGUGUGUGACUUCAACAAAGCAAGGGUUUGAAGAGCUAAUACUAGCCAAGUGGAAUUCAUUCAUGAAUCAUGUAGCAAACAGACAUGAGGGCCACCCUGACCCAUUGUUUAAAAAAUGCUUACAUGGUGAAAUUGACCGUCGCAAGUGGAUUUAUAACGGAACAAAGGCAUAUCAAAAACUUAAUACUGCCUUAACAAAAACUAAACUCCUGAAUGACAUCAAAAAGCUAUCACCUGAUGCUCAAACAAGUAGUCUGGAAGGGUUCCAUGCAACAUUGAAUCACUGGCACCCAAAAAUGAUCUGUUUUAGUUGGCUGGGAACAUAUUGCAGGCAUAUAGUUGCGGCACUCCACUUUAAUGAAAAUGUCCAGAGAAAAUCACAUGUUUGCAAGGAUGGAAAAGAAUCUGUAAGGGUGAUUUUUCCCAAGUACAAGAUGGGAGAAGAAAUUGUUCGAAAAGUUACUGUUCCACCUACCUAUAACUAUGUUGAAGAAAUCAGGAGACUUCUUUUUUCUAUGUCUAAGGCACAGAUUAAAGAACUUGAAUCAGUAAAAGAAAGAUAUGCUGCCAAAACUCCAUCCCCAUUGACUUCACAGUUCACAAAAAGAAAAAGCAAACCAGAAGCAAUAAAGGCUCAUGAACAAAAAAAGAGUAGAACAGCUGCUGAAUUAUUUCCUGCUGUAGCAGAACAACAGGCUUUACAAAAAGAAAUUGCAGCUGCAAAAGCCAAAAGCAAAACUAAGAAGAGGAAAUCUCCCACUUGCAAGACAUGUGGCAAACGUAAAAAAGGACACCCAAGAGGCACUUGUCCAGCAUCUACCUAAGUUUAUCAACUAAACUUAGGGCAUG